GCCAAGAGUGCUCAUCGGAGGAGAUUACCUAAGCAUGAGCCAAGCCAUCGCACGACGAGACCGUUUUGCCUCGAUCUUCAUUUGCAUUACAUUCCUUUCUCUUCAUAUUUACACGCUUUUCACCAUAGCGCAUAACCUCUCGCUGCUCUUUUGACUGUCUCUGUACUUAGAUACAUGGAAUGACGUCGCUGAUUCUUCCCGUGGCAUGUUGGUUGUCAACCCCGUUCUCUUCGAGUUGCACUGUGACGGCGUUGACAACGUGUGAUGAUGGGAGCACGAUUGUGCUGGGAAUGGACGGAGGUGUUGGCUGGAUUUUUGCAGUAGAUGAAGGCAAGGCUCUGGAGUUGAGACCAAAGACACUUCUUUCCGGUCAUAAAUCCCCCAUUACUGCCAUAGCCCUCGGAAAGAUUGAGGUCGAAGGUGUAGCCAGAAAGGAAAAUAUCAUUCUGACAGCUUCGGAGGAUGGUGAAGUUAUCAUGUGGGAUAUCGCAGAUGGACGCUGUUUGCAGGCGAAUCAAGAAGCAUUUCCGGGAUCUGUGACUGGGAUUAAGGUAGAUGACGUCUUCGGGAAAGUACGUGAUAUGUUCGGGCUUCGCAAACGUCGUAUCAAUCCUUGAUGCAUCGUCGCUGAGUACCUUGAGAACCAUUUGUACUUACGGUAACUGGGUGGCGUCCAUGUGCCUAUAUCCUACAGAAACAAAAUACGUUGAUAAAAUCUUUGCCAUAACCCUAAACGGAGAUCUGACGGUCUCGACAUUCAAUGAGCAAGCCAUGUUAUUUACUCACGAGAUCAGACACCGCAUCGAUGCUAGUACGGGGCUGCCCGAAGCUAAGGUCGAAAUCAAUCGAUACGAUAAGAGCCUGCUUAUGACUGUGCAGAAGCGGUGCUGUAUGAUAUUUGCCGCAAAGUCCGGGAAAGUUUCGCUCACUAGUCAGAUACCCUGCGAAGACGGCAAGGGAUCAUGGAAGGGCGGCAAGUUUCUUUCGGCGGCGACCCUGUUACUCUGGAGUUCAAGUACUGUGUAUUUAUAUUAUCUGGGACCUGAUGGCGAUGUCAUUCGAACCAGCGAUUUGGCAUCUGUUCCGUCUGAUGCUGUGGUAUUAUUUGCGCGAGGAAAUCUUGCGUAUUAUGUACGAAACAUGAAUACUGGACACUCUCAGGGUAACAGUGCGGUCACUCUUAUCGCCGCUUUUCAGGAUACAAAGGAUCACAUUGAUGGCACCUCGAUUAUUGCCCAUGUUCCAGGAAAACAAAAUGGACUGCAUCACGUCUUGUCCUUUAGACAGGGUGGCGCAAUAUCUCAAUGGACGUUUUUUGCCAGUUUACUCGGAGCUCAGUUGCGGGGAGUGCAAUUGGAGAUUCUAUCCGGGAGUCAAGGACCCGGCGCUGCCUAUUUGCCUGAUGCUGAUUUCACACUUCAGUCACUAUGGCCGUUAUCUGAAGAUCCAGCACCAAAAGUAGUUUCAGUUGCGUCGGUCUCUAAUAAAUACAUUGCAAAGGGUUAUGAGAAUGGUGAAAUACGCAUCAUUCCCGUCCGUUGCGUCUUUAGUGAUUCUGCUGGUGACCGUGAAGAAGGGGCAUAUCUGACGUUGAAAGGGCACAUUGGACCAGUGACCUCUAUAUACGCACCACACCCGCGCGAAAGCGGUGGCCGCAAUGUUCUUCUGAGUGGCGGCAUGGAUUGCACGGUUAAAGUGUGGAACAUGGAUGAUGGAAAGCUCCUUGCAUCGUUCUUGAAUCACGCUGAAUAUGUGCAGGGAUUUGUACCCAUUCCAAGCGAUGCAGGACAGCGAUUGAAGUCUUCCAUUUUCUCCAUAUCGAAAGAUCGUUCCAUAGCCUCAAUUGACUUAGAAGAUUUGCGAUGUUGCUACAGAUUGACAGGGCAUUCCCAUGAAAUCGACUCGGUGCAUUGGCGCACGCUGGACGAGAUUCUGGUAGUUGCGUGCGUUGACGGAACUGCGUACAUUUGGCAGCUUAAAACCGGUCACUUGGACCGAAUAAUUAGUGGCUCUGAUGUCGAUGAUAUUUUGGCUAGCUGCGACGGCCAAGUGAGCUGUAAGAGUUUCGGGCUCGGCUACCAGCAUGUAAAUAUCAAAAAGAGCAUUUCCGCAUUUCCCAUAUACACCUCCGAAGAUGAUGCGCCCCCCUUGCUUGCUUUUCAAAUCAAUACCAAGAGACUCAUCAGUGAAAUACACGGUAAUCAGGUGUUGACACCUCCUGCGACACCACCGACAAACAGCGCGCUGUCUCGAAUCCACUCGCAAACUCAGCAUCCGCGCCGUUCGUCAUCGUUAUACUCUGAGCAUGGCAGCAUGGACCAGAGCAACAUACCAUCUCGGCCAGCCUCUCCCAAACCUUCGGCUCAACACUUCUCCCAAAACAUUUCUCACAACUUCAUGGACAUCUUUAAAAGUCGCCCAGGCUCACCAUCCUUGCUGUCAUCGAUUGGCAAGAGUGGUUCGGAGAGAGAAGUCUCCCCCGCGCCCUCUCCCAAGCGAGAGGAGGCCGAAACACCCAGGGACGAAAAUACAAAAGAGCCACCUGAUAUGGAGGCUGUCUAUGCAUUGUGCGCGGCUCUUAUGUCUUGGGGCUUGGAUAAUGACUUGGACUCUCUGUGUCAAGAGAGGGCCGACUUUGUACGUCCUGGGAAGCAUGUUGCCUUUGGGAUGCGCGGGGCAAAUGGCUACCUUUCGAUAUUUGCACCAGAAAAGAAUCCCGCUGCGGACUGGAUGAUCUCGUCCACUGUCACAGCAGCACGGCUGCUGAACCUACUAGCACUAACGCGACCUGCCCUGAGUGCUCGCGGGCUUGAAGAUCAAUUGUCGACUAUCGUCACGCACUACGGCACUACGCUGCCGUCAAUUGUUGGACGACAGUUCGCUUUCCCAUCAUUUUCUUUCUUGGCAAAAUAUUGGCAGGAUCCCAUUGCGGAGGUGCAGCAAGUGGCGAGAACAUUAUUCAACUCGACCUUAGCAAAGAUGGGCACUGAAGAAAAGGCUGCCGUCAUCGAAUAUUGGAGAGCGCAUCUUCCUGCCAUAUCGAAAAAGAAUACGAAAAUGAACACCCGAGCGGUAAUCAUACUGGGAAUUGUUGGGUCAUUGCAGCCGGAUGCCCUGAAUAUGAGGGCUUGUAAGGAUGUGGCAGAAUCCCUUGAUUUGCUGAUCAGGGAGGAAUUGAGGAGCGUGUAUCGUGUCGCCGCCGUGGAACUUCUGGGCUCUGGCUUCGCGAUAUGGGAGCCACACAUUAACGGCACUUCACUACUCCGCACCCUCAUAAAUUUCUCUGGUUUGACAACAUCGACGCAGUCAGCGAGCGGUGGUGCAGGAAGCCCUACCGCAUCACCUAAUCCCGCGUUGAUUAUGGUAGCACGUCAAGCUCUCGUGCAGAUAGCUACCAUCAACUCAGCAUUGUUUAUUAGCACACUAACGUUUGAUCUCAUGCACUCGAAAAGCGCCACUGAGCGGGCAGGAAGCUUGAAGUUGUUGGGCAUGUUCAUUGCAAAGAAACCGAUCAUCCUCUAUCCCCACCUCGCUCGAAUUGUCGAAGCUAUUGUGAAAUGUCUCGACCCUAACCAGCCGCAGAUACGAGAUAGCCUACAGCAAAUCGUAACCGUUAACUUUGCCGAGCUCGUCAAAACUUAUCCGAACGUGGCGUUCCAUCAUGCUAGUCAGCGUUUGGCUGUAGGGACAAUGGAAGGCAUUGCAAUUGUGUAUGAUGUUAGAAUUGCCGCCAGGGUACAGAUAAUGGAGGGUCAUACGAAGCCUGUCGCUGCUGUGUCUUUCUCGCCAGAUGGUAAACUGAUUGCCACGUUUUCUCUUGAAGAGAACACUGUACGGUUCUGGCAACCUACAGGCGGAUUUCUUGGCACGUUAGUAGGUGCUUUAACAACCGGCGGUGCAACCAGCGGAGCAGCCGGUGUGGCAGCCCUUGCUAGUGUCGGCGGUGUGGGGCACAUGAAGAGUUUCCGCACAUUCACCCUUGGACCACCACCUGACACAAACACGAUUACUCCCUUGGAUGUGGUGCAGGGCGUGAAAUUUGAAUGGAAUGGAGAACGAAGGGUCACGUUGAAUAGCAUAAAUGGAGUCCAGUUGGCUUUUACCGUCUAAUAUCUAUCUUCUUGUAAUGCAAAGAUCGUAUGUACAUAAAUAUGGAAUCCCGGGCAAGCAGCGUAAUAGGGCAACCAAACGCUGAGUGCAACCCGGGCAAUAUGCAGCUCAUGU